UGUAGAAAGAAAAGAAGAAGAAGAAGAUGUCGGGGGUAUGGGUAUUCAAGAACGGGGUGGUGAGGUUGGUGGAGAACCCAGGCGGGGAUUCAGUGCAAGGUGGAGGAGGGAAUGGGAGGAACAAGAAGGUGCUGGUUCACAGCACAAGCAAUGAGGUGAUUACUUCCUAUUCUGUGUUGGAGAGGAAGCUCAACAGUCUCGGCUGGGAGCGCUACUACGAUGAUCCAGACCUUCUUCAGUUCCACAAGCGCUCCACCGUGCACCUCAUCUCCCUCCCCAAAGACUUCAACAAGUUCAAGUCCAUGCACAUGUACGACAUCGUCGUCAAGAACAAGAACUCAUUCGAAGUUAGAGACAUGUAAUUUCAUUUGUCUAUCUUUCCAUUCAUCACGUGUUCGUGUUUCUUGUCUUAGAUUAGGGGGCCGGGGGUUCAGAAUUAAUGAAUGUUUAAUUUGUUUAUGUAUGUAGGUCUUAAUGAUGAUGAUGUUAAUUAUUUGUGUGUGAA